AUGACGACACGCAUGACAGUGGCCCCUCUGCGCCUGGGGAUGCCAUGUCAGUGGCGACAGCGGCCUCUCUGCAGCCGAGGACACUGUGUCGGACGCUGGCGGCGGGCGGCCGGGCCGGGGCGGAGCCGCCUGUACGAGCACGUGCGCGAGGGCCUGAGCGCGCGGCCGCAGCUAGAGGUGGCGGCGCUGAGCGAGCGGGAGCUGGAGCGGCGGCGGGGGCCGCUGCGAGGGGGUGACCGCUGCGGGGGGGGCCCCGCCCACACCCCCCCUGUGCAGACCUGGUCCCACCUGGGGGAGGUGCGGGCCACCAUCGCCUGCCUGGAGGCCGAGAAGGGCCAGGUGGCCCAGGGCAUGCAGGCCCCGAUGGCAGCCCAAGACAAGGAGACGGCAGAGACACUCCCCGUGUACAUGGCACUGCUGGCCCACGGCUGCCAGGUCCAGCUGCAGCUGCAGGCACUGCUGGCUGAGGAGGCUGCCCUGGAUGAGCGCUUCUACCUCAAGGCCCUGCAGCUCCCCAACCACACUCACUCCGAGGCACCCAUCAGGGAUGAGAGCCAGGCCCGUGUGCUGGAGGUGGUAGGAGAGAAGCCAGUGUUUGACUUCAAGCUGAAGGGACACCUGGAGCUGGGUGAGGGACUGGACAUCAUCUGCCAGCGGCGCCUGUUGCACAUCUCGGGGCACCAUUCCUACUACCUGUGCGGGGCUGGCACGCUGCUGCAGCACGCACUCGUGCGCUUCGCCAUGGCCAAGCUGCUGCCCAAGGGCUUCCUGCCCAUGACUAUCCCUGACCUGCUGUGAGGCACCGUCUUUGAGGGCUGUGGCAUGCAGCCCAACACCACCCCCUCACCCAUCUACAACAUCAACCCCUCCCACUUUGAGGACCUCUGCCUGGAUGGCACCUCUGAGGUGGGGAUCACAGGGUACUUCAUGGACCACGCCAUGUGGCUGGAGGACUUGCCCAUCAGGGUCAUCUGCUCCAGCACCUGCUACUGGGCCGAGACCAACACAGGGCAGGAGCCGUGGGGGCUCUACCGUAUCCACCAGUUCACCAAGGUGGAGAUGUUCAGGGUGACAGCGGCAGAAAGUGGGGACGAGAGCGAGGUGCUGCUGGCUGAAUUCCUGGCUCUACAGAAGGAAAUCUCUGAGCUGGGAUUGCAUUACUGUGUCCUCAACAUGCCCAUGCAGAAGCUGGGGCUCCCUGCCUACCGCAAGUUCAAUAUCGAAGCCUGGAUGCCCAGACAGGGCAAAUAUGGGGAGAUCUCCAGCACCUCCAACUGCACCGACUACCAGAGCUGGCACCUGAACAUCAUGUACAGCGACAGGGCUGGGCAGUUACGGCAUGCACACACAGUGAACAGCACCACCUGUGCUGUCUUCCAGAUGCUCAUCGCUCUCCUGGAGUGCAACCAGCUGCUGGACGGCCACGUCCACGUGCCCCCCGCCCUGCAGCCCCUCGUCGGCCAGGCCGUGCUCACCCAGCCCCCAGCCCCCCUGCUGCGCUACAUUGGCCUUAACCAGCCCCGGGGGGGCCGCAACGUGCCCUGAGCUGGGGGGGAUGACCCCCAGGU